AUGGAUCCUCUGUCGGUCUCAGCAUCAAUCGUAGGCAUAUUGGCAGCUGCAGCGAAAACCUCAUCAGUAUUAGCGAAUUUCGUGCAGAAUGCUAGACACGCGCCGACGACCGCACAUUCUAUACUUCGAGAGAUCAAUGGCCUACGUACAGUCCUUAACUCGUUACAAGGAUACGUGCUCGGCUCGCGGACUAUAGCGCAGCCUCGGGCUGCUCUAAUACUUGUUGAGCAAGUCGUCGUCACGCUGGUUGAAUGCGUGAGUAUCUUCUCCGAGCUAGAAUACCUUUUUGGAACUACCGUUGAAGUCACCGCCGUGAGUACAAUAGAGCGUAUGAAGCUGGCUUUUAGGAGUUCAAAAAUCACAAGUCUCCAGAUGAGACUCGAGAAGACCAAAUCAUCUUUGACUCUGAUAUUGACGGUUUUGCAAUGCGAAGUAAUGUCCGAGGCUGAGACUGCUGUAGAUCGACUCUUUGUUUUAGUGCAGCAGGUUCUAUCCAGUAAUCAGGAAAUGAGUGCACGUCUUCAUGCGAUGGAUCAGAGGAUAACGAACGACGACUCAGUGACAGUAGCGGUAGAGGACGAUAACGUCACUCAAAGCUUGACCAGAUCCGUCACAAGCCAGUCAACACCCGAGCUGGAGGAUGUACAACUCAGACAGUUCAGCUUACCCCUUGAAGAAGAUCUUCGAAAGUCGAAAGUGUAUAAGAAGGCGGCUUUCAACAAUUCUGAACGUACACUGAUGUCAGCUACCGCCUUCAGUACUGCUAAAUCCAUUCUGUCAGCUUACAGCCUCUCAGAGAUAUCUAACAUAUCUGUUUUCGCGCUUCCAAUCUAUUCCAAUGAGGUCGGGAAUAGUUUUCGAUAUAUAUUUGGAGUCCCUACAGCUGCUGGCACAAGCAUUCUUCCUUCACUAGGAACACAUGUUUCUAACGCUGGGCAUCAGGUCGAAAAUUCGGCAAUAUCAGGCCCAUUGGACAAGUUGAUCGCUGAAACCCCCAAUUCACGUACGACUCUUUCCGACAUGUCGGAUGAGAUGUACAAAGGGGUGAGAUCUGUUUUCGGUGUUUCGCUCUCCACUUCUAUUGAAUAUGCAUCGACAGCGAUUACGUUAACAUACCGAGACGCGAGUGAUGCUGAGAUACGACAUGGCCGUAUCCCUAUCAUUGUUGCAAAACUUGGGGAAUAUUUAAUGGAUGAAGGAUUGAACGCUGCAGGCAUCUUUAGGCAUGACACAUCUUCUGAAGGUCCACGCAUACAGGGACUUGCCAAGAGAUUCAAUGCAGGCCCUGAGUUUGGGAGAUUCAUACCUGAGAGCUAUCUAGAACCACACAUUGCGGCCUCAUUGUUGAGCGAGUUUCUAUGGACCCUCCCAGAGCCUAUUAUACCCCAACACUGCUACGAUUACUUUCGGAGGCCAAGUGUUUAUCCAUAUCCAGCGACAUACCUAGAUUUAAAAGUUGAUAUUGAAGACGGUUUCAUGCUUGAGAACUACCGGCAAAAGGUCCACGCUUUACCUAUUGACUCGCGUCAUACAUUACUUUAUCUGCUGAAGCUUUUUGCCCACCUCUUGUUGAAAUCAAUAUGGAACGGGCUGAAUAUCGAACAUCUUACGAGUUUAUUUCAGCCAGUAAUCCUUCGGCCCACCUCGGGCUAUCCUGAUGUCAGCAUGGAAACACCAAUAGAACGUCUUCGAAAUCAAAAAGUCCUCAUUUAUUUGAUCAAAAAACAGCAUCUUUUGACGCGGCAUGAAUUCAAGCCAGGUUGGCAACCGGUUAAAGACCUUCGAAAUAGCAAUUCUUGA